AUGAUUGGAGCCCCCGUCCCACCUCCGUCCAAGCCGCCACCACCAGCCCCACAGAAUGUGCAACAACAACGAGUCAAGCCUGAAGAUGCCGCCACUCACAUAUCGGUCUCGGAUCCCGUUCAACACUCCGAAGGCGUAAACAAAUACACUUCUUAUCGAGUCGAUGUCCGUCCGCAAGGCCCUGAUUUGGGCCAAACCCAAGGCUUUAGUGCUGUUUUGAGACGAUACAGUGAUUUCUUGUGGCUUUAUGAAAAAUUGCAAGACGAACGCGCCGGUGCCAUUGUUCCUCCCCUUCCAGAAAAGAAACCUACGGGACGGUUCAAUCCACAAUUUAUUGAAGACCGUCGACGGUCUCUAGAACGUUUUCUGAGACGAGUUGCCGUUCAUCCAGAAUUGCAAGGCUGUAACUGUGUGGAUACCUUUUUGAGAGCUGACGAUGUCUCCUUUCAUGCUGCCAAGCACUCCAAGAACAAUGUAGUCCUGCAACAGUCUACCAUGAUGGGAUCCAUGGUUCCCGGAGCACCCCCACAACUAAUGCCCAAACCCAAAAAGGAAGGAUUCAAGCGUUGGUUUGCCGAAACCAAGACUUCUAUUUCCGGUGAUCUAGUCCGAUCACCGGACGACGAAUUGUUUGAAGAAAUUCAGCGCUAUGUGCAUGGUUUGGAUUCUCAAAUGAAAAAUGUGCAAACUCAAGCCUCUGGGCUGGUCGGAAAAGGCAAGGAAAUUGCCAAUGGGUUGUUUGAAUUUGGAUUGGCCUUUAAUUUGUUAGGACAAUCCGAAGCGGAUGCCUUGGGUGACGCGUUGGGAAAGGUGGGCGAGACGGCCGAUCGACUUUCCGUGCUGAGUGCCGAACAUGCCGACAAGGAGGCUGCUGAAUUUGAAGAUCCUCUAGUGGAUAUUAUCAAGACGAUUCAUUCCGUCAAGAUGGCGCUCCAAAAGCGUCACGAAAAGCGACUGACCUACAGUACCUGCCUUCAAUCAGUCGAAUCCAAGCAACACUCCCUCGCCAAGCUAAGAGCCCAAAUUGGUAUGGAAGCCAAGGCAUAUGGGACGGAAAUGUCCCUCCGAAGAGCCCAAGACAAUGCUGAAUUGGCCCGAGAGGAUUUUGCCGCUACCAGUCAGCGUGUCUUGCGAGAGGUCGAUCGCUUCAAGCGUGAAACGGCUGAAGACAUGCGCCGUACUGUUUUGGAAUAUAUCCAAAUGCAAGUGGAAUACAAUAAACGAAUGGAAGAGAUUUGGGCUGCCUUGAUUCCGCAGCUGGAACGCGUCCAGCUGGAUGGAGAUGCCAAUGUGGUGGGAGACAAUCAUCAUGUAGCUCCAUCGCCCAGCAAUGCUAGCAUGAUGCAAUCGUCACAACCAGCGAUUCAUUCACAACCCAUGGUACCCAAUCCUCAACAAGCCAUGCCUCCGCAAAUGGGAAGUCAGUUUUACAGCAAUACUACAGCACCACCACCACCAGUACCACACGAUCCGGACAAUCCCUUUAUUACGCAAUAUCGAAAUUAA